UGCCGCGUUCAGUUGCCGGUUGGCGUUCGUCGCGUUGCGUGGUUACGACACCAUUCACCAUUCGAUUCGCACAACAUCUGUCGACGGAGCGGACUCGAUUCCAUUGGCGCACUUGGUAUCGCAAUUUACGACAUGAAAAACUGGCUAAAGAUCUCACUACUGCUGUGCACGUUUGGGUUCUUCCGGGAACUUCGACCCUCGGAACCCUACGUCACGGAGUACUUGUCCACUGACUACGGCAACCUGACCAUCGAGGAGGUCUACCAGGAUGUGUACCCCUUCGGCACCUACUUCGUGCUGGCCCAGCUGGUCAUUGUGUUCCUGAUCACGGAUCUCGUGAGGUACAAACCGGUUAUCAUUCUGUCGGCGCUGGCGGGGAUCACGCUGUUCUCGCUGCUUAUCUGGUCGGGAACCGUGCGGAUGUUGCAGGUGGCACAGUUCUUCUUCGGAACCUUCACCGCUGCGGAGGUCGCCUACUAUACGUACAUGUACGCCAAGGUGGACAAGGAGCAGUAUCAGAUUGUCACGGGUCACACGAGAGCUGCCAUUCUGAGCGGGAAGUUCCUGGGUGGACUUUUGGCCCAGAUUUUGGUGUCCACCGACAGCAUGAACUACAAGGAGCUGCACUACAUAUCGCUGAGCACCCAGGUCAUUUCCCUGGCUGUGUCCUUUCUAUUGCCCAGUGUUCCAAGGAGUCUUUACUUCUAUGCGGCAUCGAAUAAGAAUCUGGAACUAGGAGGUGAAGUAACUGCACCCAAGUUCUCCUUUAUCAACGCGUGUCGCCUGUUGUGGUACCACUUGGUCUCAUCCUACUCCAAUCCCGUUGUGCUCCAGUGGAGCCUUUGGUGGGCACUGGCCACAUGUGGGCAAAUUCAGGUAAUCUCCUACAUCCAAUUUCUCUGGAAAGAGGUGGCUCCGGAUCACCUGAGCGUGUAUAAUGGCGGAGUGGAGGCCGUUGCCACUCUACUAGGAGCCAUUGGAGCGAUUUUGGCAGGCUUCCUAAACUCCAACAAACGGCGUGGAUCCUACAUGUUGGGCAUAUCCAUAUGUGCCGCUGUUCUGGGAGCCCUGCUCAUCUACGCAGCAAGGACGCAGGAAAUCUGGGUGGCCUACGUGAACUAUGUGCUCUUCUGCGCCACGUUCUUCUUUAUCAUCACGGUGGCGGGUGCAGUGGUGGCCGAGAAUCUGGUGGAGGACAGCUUUGGACUGAUCUUUGGCAUCAACACAUUGGUGGGCUUGGUGCUACAGACCAUCCUGACCAUCGUGGUGGUGGAGAGAGUCGGGUUUGCUCUAGGACCACGGGAUCAGUACGUGGUCUACGGCAGCUACUUUAUAGUUUUGGCGGGAAUCUAUAUAAUAAGUUCUAUAAUGGCCAAAUUAUUCUGUAGGGAUAAGACAUCAAGUGAAGGGAAUGCGGUAGUACAAUGAUAAAGAAUUGAAUGAAUUUUAUAACAUUUGUAAAUAGUUUAAAACUAAUAACAAAACAACUUUGAAAAAAGUUCUGUGCAAUUUUGUAAAUACAAGAAAAAUUUUAUAUAGUACUUUAUAAACUAAAUCAUUACAAGUACUUCCAUCCUUUAGUGCUUAAAAACGUAAGCUUUUUUAUAAAGAUAAUAUAAUACAGCACAUGUUUAAUAUAUCGAAUAUUACACAAAAUAUAAAAGUGUAGUCAUAAUAAUAACUUCAAAUACCAACAAUUAAA